UCUCCUUCUGGAAGAUGGUGUCUGUUCAGCCUGUUCUGGGUGGGAUUUUCUUCCUGUUGUUCAUGUGCAGCUGUUACAUGAUACUGCUCAAUGUGUUCAUGACCAUACUCAACGACACCAUAGCCGCCAGUCACCCCACCCAACACGACGAUGACUUCAGCAGUCUCUACUACACACUGAUUCUUCUCAAGGACCUGUUGGGAAUAGGGGGCAGACAGUCCCGCAGGGGUGCCAGAUACAGAAAGAGAUCACAAGCUAAAAAAGGUCGAGUCGACGUUUUGAUGGGAUUCAAAUCAUCCGUGCAGCGGCUCGUCAAAUUUGUCGAGUGUCGUUACGGACCCCUGGACUACAAGAAGACCUAUUCCCGCAACAAAAAUGAAUGCUCUCCCAGUGAGCAAAGCAAACCUCUUGUUGACAAGAACAAAGAAGAUGAAGACACUCCCAACACCCCUCGAUUCAAAUCUGUGGCCUUCAGAGCGGUCAGCCCGUCAGACUUUGAUGACCUCGACUUCGAUGAGUUUGAGUGGGGUCACUGAACGAAAGAAAAGUGUGAACAAAAAUCGGGAAAUUGAGUUCAAAUUUAAAAAAAUCUGACAAGAAAAGCGGGAGUGUUUUUUGUUCUGCAUGAAACUGUCUAGUUUCUUCUCAUUGACUUGAAAUUGAUUAGACUUUA